CAACACCCAGAAGGCUUUGCAGUCGCGGCGUACCGACUUCCUCUCCAGAGUCGGUGGAGUUCAAGUGUGUUGCAACAGAUAAUUCAGUGUUAUGUCUACUUUAGCGAAAGCAAUGACGGCAUUCCGGUUGGCUCUGGUGCAGCUCCGCGUGUCCACCACAAAGACGGACAACCUGAACCGGGCGUGCGGACUCAUCAAGGAGGCAGCAGGGCAAGGGGCAAAGGUCGUGACCCUUCCCGAGUGCUUCAACUCUCCAUAUGGCACAGGAUACUUCCCCCAGUACGCUGAGCCAAUCCCUGGGGACUCCACAAAGAUGUUGUCAGAGGCAGCGAAGGAAAAUGGCGUUUAUCUGAUCGGAGGUGAGACGUCCGAUCUCUCUCAGCUGUCAUCUUCAUGACUGUAUGUUCAAGAACAAAAGUAAGUUCUGAAACAAUAUGUAAUCCACCUUUUUGACAUUGAUGUUCCUGGGAAAAUCCGCUUCCAGGAGUCGGAGACUCUCAGCCCAGGAAGCAGCUUCUCCGUGUUUGAGACCCCGUUCUGUAAGAUUGGGGUGGGCAUCUGCUACGAUAUGCGGUUUGCUGAGCUGGCCCAGAUCUACACCCAGAAAGGCUGCCAUCUGCUGGUGUAUCCAGGAGCUUUUAACAUGACCACUGGACCAGCCCACUGGGAGCUGCUGCAGAGGGGCAGGGCUGUGGAUAACCAGGUGUAUGUGGCCACAGCCUCCCCAGCCCGGGACGAGAAAGCACCCUACAUUGCCUGGGGCCACAGCAGUGUGGUCAGCCCCUGGGGCGAGGUGGUGGCGAAGGCUGGCGCGGAUGAGACCAUCGUGUACGCUGAUAUCGACCUGCAGUAUCUUGCAGAGGUGAGGCAGCAGAUCCCCAUCCAUGCACAGAGGCGCCACGACUUGUACAAGGUGAGCGCCCUGCAGGAUGGUUAGGGGACCCCAGCGCUCCCCGAAAACGUGCACCCCUCAUCAGAGACCAGUGACUUCCUGCUGCCCGGCACCGAUCCCACUGCAGAAUCUCGGCACCCGCCAUGACUGCACUGGACUGACGUCUGUGAUGCCGGGCUGGGCUGGGGGUCGGUUCUGCUGAGGGCUUUGGAAGAGGCCGACUGCUGGCGUAUUCCAAGCGAAGGAUUGUAAAUGUGAGGAAUCUCUGGACAUCACUUUGGAUAUGUUUUUUGUCUGCUUCUUUGCUAAUCAAAGAUUUAUAAAGAUGCUCAAGCGUUGAUCAGCCUUUGGCUCAUCAAUGACUGUUGCAUGUGCAGAAGCAAUGCGGACAGCCCUUGUCAGGAAAACUCAAUCGUGAUACCUAAACUUUUCUUAUACCAUGAUUUGGCCUAGAUCUUCACCAGGCUUAAGAAAGUUCUGUUUUUCUGUAGUUAUGGAGGAGCACUUAAAAAAAAUCUCAAAACUUUUAGCAAGUUUCUCUAUGAAAGUAUCUGCAAAACCUCUUUUUGUUAAUGAUUGAUUUGCAACUGAGGCUACAAAUGGAAUAAAAAAAAGUAUUUUAUGGUUAAUACAA